AUGUAUAAUGGUCAUAUAGACGCUGUAGAGCACGUAAGUCACUUCAACCAGAGAAUGGAUGUACACUCCAAGAAUGAGACCUUGAUGUGCAAGGUAUUGCCAUCCAGUUUGGGGCCUGUGGCGAUGAGGUGGUUUAAUGGUCUGGGUGUAUGUUCUAUUGACUCCUUCAAGGAGCUCACUCGAGUGUUUGGGUCUCGUUUCGUUACGUGUAGUAGGGUUCCUCGGCUCUUAGAUUCCCUACUGUCCAUUUCCAUGCGAGAAGGUAAGACUCUGAAAACGUACUCGGACAGGUACUGGGAGAUGUUUAAUGAGAUUGAUGGGGAUUUUGAUGAUGUGGUUAUAAGGACCUUCAAGGUUAGCCUACCCACCAAGCAUGAUUUGAGAAAAUCCUUGACCAAGAAGCCGGUGAGGACUGUUCUUCUGCUUAUGGAUCGUAUUAAUGAGUACAAAUGGGUCGAGGAAGACUAA